AGGGGUUCAGAGGAAAGCUCUCCAACUCAACUAUCAGCACAGACACAAACAUGGCGCCUGCCUCCGCCGACAACUUCAGAUGAAAGUGUGGCGAAGAAGUAACUAGCAAAGUACAAAGGAGUAUUUCCGAGUGGCGUUUUCACCCUUCUUUUUAACUUGCCGUCCUGGUUUGACCAGUUUUUUGUUUUGCACAAAUAAGUCUGCGGGGUACUUCGAGGAGGUAAAACAAGCAAGUUGCCUACAUGUCAACAUUGUCUCUCGCUGCGGUGUAAACAGCUGGUGCAUCCAGCCAUGAUUGAGGACAAGGGUCACCGCGUGACCGACUACUUUGUGGUGGCCGGGCUGACCGACAAGUCCACGCCCCUGGAGCAGGACCUGUCAGAGACUAAAUCCACCGGGCCCAAAGCGCCCAUCACUGACUUGGCCGUCAUUAACAAGUCAGCAGGGGAAACGGUGCCUGAAGGCUUCACUUGUAUUGAGAGCACCUACAGCGGCCAGCCAGCCAACCUUAAUCAUGGCAGUCUCAAGAGCCCUGAGCUCUUCCUCUGCUACAAGAGAGGACGGGGUAAACCUCCGCUGAUUGACAUCGGGGUGCUCUAUGAAGGUAAGGAGCGUCUCAUCCAGGGGUGUGAGGUCAUCCAGGCAACACCAUACGGACGCUGCGCGAAUGUCAACAACAGCUCUGCAACCUCGCAGCGCAUCUUCAUCACCUUCCGCCGAGCACCACCCGUCCAGCCGCAGAAUUCGCUAGCCGUGACGGACAUUUGCGUCAUCGUCACCAGCAAAGGCGAGACGCCGCCGCACACCUUCUGCAAAGUGGACAAGAACCUCAACUGCGGCAUGUGGGGCUCCAGCGUGUUCCUGUGUUACAAGAAGUCGGUAUCUGCGUCAAAUUCCAUCAGUUACAAAGCCGGUCUAAUCUUUCGUUACCCAGAAGAGGACUAUGAGUCUUUCCCUCUGUCAGAGUCUGUACCUCUGUUCUGUUUGCCCAUGGGUGCCAACAUCGAGUGCUGGGCACCAAACACUCGUGACCCUCUGCCUGUCUUUUCUACAUUUGUCUUAACCAUCUCCUCUGGUGAAAAGGUGUAUGGAUCAGCCAUCCAGUUUUACGAGCCAUAUCCAGCAGAUCUGUUGAGCGAGAAGCAGAAGAUCCAGCUGGGCCUUCUCACCACGGUGGAGAAGAAGAUGAUCCCCAACCGGCCUGUGAACACCAAUAAAUGCAUCUGUCUGCUCUCCCGCUGGCCCUUCUUUGAGUCCUUCCGCAAGUUCCUGAUGUUCAUCUACAAGUUCUCCGUCUCAGGCCCGCACCCACUGCCUAUUGAAAAGCACAUCUCGCACUUCAUGCACAAUGUCUCAUUUCCUUCCCCCCAAAGACCCAGAAUCUUGGUCCAGCUCUCGGUACACGACACUUUGAUCCUCUCCCAGCCUGUGUGUACACCUUUACCGCUCAGCGGGGCAGACUAUGGCACUCUGCUGAUGAAUCUGGGCUCGGAGAACUGCGCCACACUGCUGCACUUUGUCCUGCUGGAGAGCAAGAUCCUGCUGCACUCGCUCCGACCCGCCGUGCUCACCGGAGUGGCCGAGGCCGUGGUGGCUAUGAUUUUCCCCUUCCAGUGGCAGUGUCCCUACAUCCCCCUGUGCCCGCUCUCUCUCGCAGGCGUCCUCAACGCGCCGUGUCCAUUUAUAGUGGGCGUAGACUCCCGCUACUUUGACCUUUAUGACCCCCCACCAGAUGUUGUUUGUGUGGAUCUGGACACCAACACUAUCUACCUGUCAGAUGAGAAGAAACACAGCAACUGGAAGAACCUCCCAAAGAAGCCAUGCAAGAGUCUCAUUAACUCACUAAGCAACUUGCACCACCAGCUGGCCACUGUUUCACUACGCCCAGUGAUGCCGGAUGGCUCGGCUGUCGACAUGACUCCCAUGGACGCGGACUUCACUUGGCACAAGAAAAGGACGGCCCUGGAGAUGGAAAUCCAAGAGGCCUUCCUUCGUUUCAUGGCCUCCAUCCUGAAGGGCUACCGCUCCUACCUCAAACCCAUCACCCAGGCACCCUCUGAAAAAACCACGGCUGCAGACUCCCUCUAUGACCUACAAGGGUUCCUCAAAAGCAGAGACCGUGCCCACCAGAAGUUCUACUCCCAGCUCACCAAGACCCAGAUAUUCAUCCGCUUCAUCGAGGAGUGCACCUUCGUCAGCGACAAGGACACAGGCCUGGCCUUUUUUGACGAUUGCGUCGAAAAGCUUUUUCCCUCUGAUAAAAUCACCGACAAGGGCACCAAGGUUGAAGGAGAGUCAUCUGAGGACACAAGACUGCUGGAACUGGAUGAGUCUCAAAAGAGUGAGCACACAGUCUUUGUAAUGCCUCCUGAGCCUCCAGUAGAUGAUGGACCGGAUCCUGCUCCUCAGUACACGUAUAAAGGGUUCCCCAAACUGCAGUUAAAUCUAUUUGACCGUCCAAGAGAGUUACGUCCAGCACUCAGCACCAGAGCAGCAGGGGCCAGUCUGUCCAGCAGCCCUGCACUACUAGCAAAGAGGACAAAGCAAGAGGUCAAGCUCGCAUACAAGAUGGCAAAGCGUUUCUACUCCAACCCGCCUCUGUGGGCCCGCUGUCUGUUCAGUCACUGCUACAGUCUGUGGUUCAUCUGCCUGCCAGCAGCUGUACGAAUGGCCAAGUCAAAGACCCGGGCAAUGCAGCAGGCGUACAACAUCCUGUUAAAGAUGAGGACCACUGAGGUGGAGAUACUGGAUGAGGUGUGUUACAGAGUGGUGAUGCAGCUCUGCGGCGUGUGGGGUCUGCCUGUGAUGGCUGUGCGAGUCCUGGUUGAGAUGAAGAAAGCUGGUGUCCAUCCCAACGCCAUCACAUAUGGAUACUACAAUAAGGCUGUCUUAGAGAGCCCGUGGCCCAGCCGGAACCAGAGCGGCCUGAUCAUGUGGACCAAGUUGCGUAACGUCCUUCGUGGAGUAACGCAGUUUAAAUACGGUUUAAACCGCACAUCUUCUGAGAAGGGAUCACUGCUGACUACCACAGCUGCUCCAGUAGCUGCCUCAGCAGUCACUGAUGCCGACUGUUUGAGUCAUGGAAGUGCAGACAGCUCGAGCGAGGUCAACGGUGAUUUAAACAGUGUAUUUGCCCCCAGCCAUGACAUGGAAGACGUAGCAGAUAACCACUGCAGCGCAGAGAGACAGUGUGAUCAAGGAUAUGGCUCUAAGGAUGAGCUGCACCAGGAGUUGGCCGAACCAUCGCACGCUGCCCUUCCGCCGGCUGAUGAGAGAAACGAUACCAAAGCACAGCAUAAUGGAGGGGACAUAGCUGGCUCAGUGGACAGUGCAGUAGCAGUGGGAGAGCCCCACAGUCCUGUCGAUGGGUUGCCGCAUGUCCACAGUAUUGUUAGGCUGUCCACGGGAAGCUUUGACGGAGAAACAGGUAAAGGGAAGCUGUUCAGGAGACACAGCAAGAAUGAUAACGUGUCACUUACCGAUGACGAUCCCUCGCUGCCAUCCCCGGCCGUAGCUCACCAGUCUCAGCAUCAGAGGCAGAAGUCCUUCUCUGAACGCAGCUGCAGCUGCAGCUUCAGCGCUGAAACUCGUGCUGGAAUGCUCUCUGAGGCAGGCAUGGACCACAUGGCCAGCCGAAUGGGCGCUGAUGCUCGUAUCCUAGCUGGAGUCCUCUCAGGAGGUCAAAGCCCACCCCCUAAUAUUGUGCCCAAACCACUUUUUAAAGACUUGGAGGAAGAGCCUGAGGAAAAUCAGGGGUUGAGGCUUAAAAAGCUUCCAGAAGAAGAGGACCCAGAAACCGCUGAAGAAAGAAAGACAGACGACAAAGAGGUGAAGGCUACCGAAGUAAAUAGGGAGAAACAAGUAAGAAAAAACACUGAAACUAAUGAGGAUGAUUCUGGAGUGCGAGGACCCAUUUUGGAGAGGGCCGAUGUGGAAGUCGGAGCUGACCCACUGUCACGUCUGGUGUCAGAGAGCGAAGAGUCGGCCUCUGUCAACAGUCAGGAACCGCCACGCUCCGUGCCUGCUGUGGUGUCCCGUAACCUGGCUGAGGAGAUCGAGUUGUACAUGAGCUUGAAAACCCCGCUGGGUACCAAAUCCUCCAGCAUGGAGCUCCAGCAGCCACAGGUAGACUCCACGGAUGCACCUCAGCCCAAACAGACUCUGGAGCGGAGGUCCAGCCUCCCGGUGCCUCCUGUGAAAACCCCAACUGGCUCACCGAGCAACACCCCCAAACGCAGCCCCAGCACUGUAACCCGCUCUAAGACUUUUGCAGUAAAGACAAAGACGCCUGCAAGCUCUACAGCGAGCCCGGGCCAGCGAUCGUCCUCACUGACCGCACUGGUCAAGUCCUCUCAGGGGGGGUCGCUGGGGUCGGUCUUUAACACCAUUUCAGGUAUCAAGAUGGACACGUUCUUAACAGGACCUAAAAUUGAUGUGCUUAAGUCGGGCAUGAAGCAGGCAGCAAACGUGGCCAGCAAAGUGUGGGGGGCAGUGGCAUCCGCUUACGCCGACUCAGACGAUGAGGAUGAAGCUCGGGCUGGUGGUGGCGGCUUCCCAGCUCGUCUGGAUGAAAAUAUGCUGGCUGCACAUGACUUGGAUGACAGUCCUGAGAGAAAACGGAUCCCAGGUUUGGUGGCUAAUGGUCUGAACCAGAGCUGCACCAGCCUGGGCGGCAGCAGCAGUGGCAGCAGUGACACGGGCCGAGGGACGACACAGACACAUCUGAUUCCAGGGCGCCCGGGCAGAGGUCCUGACUCUGAGCAAAGCUCCUCGCAUCACGCCUCCUCCUCAAGUAUUUUCCAGAACUGUGCACUGGAGGUGCUGAUGUCCAGUUGCUCCCAGUGUCGCUCCUGUGAAGCGCUGGUGUACGACGAGGAGAUCAUGGCAGGCUGGACGGCUGAUGAUUCCAACCUCAAUACCAACUGUCCUUUCUGUCAGACGGUCUUUCUUCCCUUAUUGCACAUCGAGUUUCACGACUUGCGCACGAUGACCGGGUUUUAUGUGAAUCCCAGUGCCUCAGGGGACAGCAUCCACAGCACAAACACUCACCCCACAGCUAGCAGCGCGGCUGACAUUAAGACACCAGACCUUAUCACUUUCGCUGAAGAUGAGCCGAGGGAGACCCCUGAAAAUACUCCAGGAGCACAGAAGAGUUUGAUUCCAGAGCCGGUACAGUCGGACCCCCUGGGUCUCCUGGAACACCAGGCAGCAUGUAAGCAGCAGAAAGGCACCGGGACAUCUUUGACACGUAGCAACAGUGUUGGAGGACCUCUGCAAAGCCUGGACUACUCUCAGAGACCUGGACAUGGCGUCUCCACCACCAGCCUUCCCUGCAGUUUGCAGGAAGUGCAAGACGGCAUGGGGACAAAGCGGCCAAAUCCCAAACCAGUGUCUGUGCCGUACCUCAGCCCCUUGGUACUGCGCAAGGAGCUGGAAACGUUGCUGGAGAAUGAGGGAGAUCAGGUAAUCUACACCCACAAGUUCCUCAGCCAGCACCCGAUCAUUUUCUGGAACCUGGUGUGGUAUUUCCGCCGCCUGGACCUGCCCUCUCACCUGCCCGGUCUCAUCCUCACUUCUGAACACUGCAACAACGGAGUGCAGCUGCCUCUGACGUCACUGCCACAGGACAGUAAGCAGGUGUACGUACAGCUCCUGUGGGACAACAUCAACCUGCACCAAGAACCCGGAGAACCACUUUACCUGCUCUGGAGGACCUUUUUGGAGAAGAGGGGAACUCUGGGGCCAACAGACCACCAGGAGAUCCGCACUCUCCUCAACACCAUUGUUCGCAACAUCCAGACCAACGACGUCUACGGGCCGAUCAACCUGCUGAUCCGAGAGAUCAAACGGCGUCCAGAAGGGUUCAAACGACAGAGGAGCGUCUAUAGAGAAAUACUGUUUCUGUCACUGGUGGCUUUGGGACGGGAGAACAUCGACGUAGAGGCCUUCGACAGAGAGUACCACAACGCAUACAACCAGCUGAGCGCGGAGCAGCUCAAGUCUCUGCACUGCAUCGAUCGCCCGCCUACUCCCAGCGUCCAGUGGUGCCUUAAAUGUUUUGGAGCACCUUUCAUCUGAACUGAUCCUCUCAGCAGCAGAGACACAAACUCUUACUGUUCCUGCUUCAACUUUGGGGAACAGGGAGACUUUCGGACAUCUCCAGCUCGACGAACAUGGUACUGCUUCCAACGUUUGCCUUGGAAGAUGACGUUGGCCGUUUCAUGUUUCUUUGCUUUGCUUUAAAGAGGUUUUCCAAGCAGCUGCCUAAAAGUGGAACUGUUGUUGUAAACUUCCUGGAAAGCUGUAAUGAAUCUCUUCAGACUAGUUGAGUUGCUUUUCCUUACAGAAGCUGUAUAAAGCGAUUGAUCACUGUACAGAAUAUCUGUGUGUGUGCAUGUCAGCAGCCUUGCUCGUAGCCUUUUGCCUCCUUAAAUCUGUCGUAGCUAUGCUCGUAUCAGCUCGGUGUGAGACAGUGUACAGACUCUGACUCUAACUUUGUGCACUUUCUGAAGAAGAGUAAGUAAAUCAAGUUCACCUGACUUUUUGUACAGUUUAAGGAAAUCUCAGUCGAGGUUGCAUUUUUGUCAACAACCCUGGUUGUUGUGAUCAGAGUCUUAAUGAAUGUUCACAUGUACAGGCUCACACUGGGGCUCUGUGUAGCUUUGUGUUGGAGCAACACAUUUAAAUGGGAGAGGACUGAGGCUUUGGACAAUCACUAAUUAUCAAUCACUAAAAUAGAUUCAUAACAUUCCAGAUGCCCUGUACUCAAAGCAGGUCUCACAGGAGUAUUGAUCUCUGUGAUAACACAUGUGACACCAGCUGUUUGGAAAGUAGAGAUCAUAAAAAACAAAGACAUCAAUCUGAAGCAUGAAGGUGCCACACCACUGAUUCCCACAGAUUAAAACAUCAGAGGAACACAGACAGCAGAGGUGUGCUGGCUUCAGUCGGCCUUUUUAAAGCUGCAUUUUUAACAGUAACAUACUGUGUUUGUUCAGCUAACAUGUCUUAUUCUGAUCAUAACUCAGAGCUGUGACUCUCAUUCUCUACUCUGUCACAGAGUGAACCACGACGUUUCAGACAGGAUCUCUUUUAUGUUUUACAUAAAAGUGCAGAGGGCUCUUGAUGAGUGCUGAAACUGUGUCAGGACAGAAGGCCGUUGAUAUUUGACAUUCCACUAAAAACAGUGAAACAGGCGGGAAAACAGCAAAGUGCUGCGAUGAAUUGUUGGGUAAAGAUGGACCUGUGUGUUGACUUGAGUGUGAGUGUGGCGCUGUACUUGUACAGAUGAGAAAAUGUGUUGUAAAAUAUUCCAUUUGCACUGCAUAGAUUAGAACCUGCUCUUAACCCACAUCAGAAUAUUAACAAUUUACACCAUUUUUCAUCCAGAAAAAAAAUCUCAAUUAUUUAUUUUUGUAUUGUUGACAUUUGGAUUGCAGCUGCUGUGCUAACUUAGUUUUUAUAACUAGCUGCCCCUGUUUUCCCUUUGAAUCCGUGUUAGGGGACUCCAGCCGGUGUUGACUUGGUAAACACCGUCUCCUCUUGGUGGAGGAUGUACAGAAAAGUUUUUUAAAGAUAGCAGGUGAAAUGUUCUCUUACCGUCCUGUGGAAAGAAAAUGAAUGUCUACACAUAAGUGCGCUGCAAUAAAUGAGUUUGUGAA